CGGUUACCUGGGGUGUGUGUAAAGCUGUUAACGUCACAUACAGGGUGAAGUCAUUGCCACAUCAGCUUCUGAAAAAAGCAAUGAAUGUUCAGUGACAGAGAAAAGGGAAGGGAGAGAGAAGAAAAACAAAGCCAGACCAUACAAACUAAUCUUGGCGGGAUUAUAGCGUUUAUAUUAAUAUAUAACACAGUCCCUGUAGACGGUCAGGACAAAACAGAAUAUCAUUAAGGGGAAACCGUUCUACUUGUUUUUAAUUAAGCGCUGUAAGAUGUUACAAUCUCUAGCCAGUAACUCGUGUGUACGGCUGAUACAAAGCAAUACAUCGGCAUGGUAUUUCUUUUUUCUGGUCCUCGGCUAUGUACUGUACUUAAUCUUCGGGGCCAUGGUUUUCUCCUCGGUCGAGCUGCCUUAUGAGGACCUGCUCAGGCAGGACCUGAGGAACGCGAAGAGGCAGUUUUUGCAGGAGAACGAAUGCCUUUCAGAAGAGAGGCUCGAAGAGUUCUUGGGGAAGGUACUGGAGGCCAGCAACUACGGGGUUUCGGUGCUGAACAACGCGACAGCUAACUGGAACUGGGACUUCACCUCGGCUUUGUUCUUUGCUAGCACUGUCCUGUCCACUACAGGUUAUGGCCACACAGUCCCUCUCUCGGACGGAGGAAAAGCCUUCUGUAUAAUUUACUCUGUGAUCGGAAUCCCUUUCACCCUCCUGUUUCUCACGGCUGUGGUGCAGCGUGUCAUGGUGUACGUCACCAGGAGUCCGGUUACAUACAUUCAUACACGCUGGGGUUUUUCAGAGCAGCUGGUCGCCCUGGUCCAUGCUUUGGUACUGGGCCUCGUUACUGCAUUGUGCUUUUUCUUCAUCCCAGCAUCAGUGUUCUCUUCUCUCGAAGAUGACUGGAAUUUCUUGGAGUCUUUCUACUUCUGCUUCAUCUCUCUCAGCACAAUCGGUCUGGGAGACUACGUGCCAGGGGAAGGUUACAAUCAGAAGUUCAGACAGCUUUAUAAAGUCGGGAUUACAUUUUAUCUGAUGCUGGGUCUAAUUGCGAUGUUGGUAGUUCUGGAGACGUUCUGUGAACUGCAAGAGUUGAAGCGGUUUCGGAAGAUAUUCUACGUGAAGAAGGAAAAAGCAGAGGACCGCGUCCACAUCAUCGAUCACGAGCACCUUUCGUUCUCCUCCGUCUCCGAUCAAGCUGCUUCCUUGAGGGAGGACAAAUUAAACGAGCCCUUUAUGGAUGUACCACCAUUAACUUACACUGCCUCUGACUUCUCUUCACUUAACAGAUAGCAUUCCUCUGUACAUUAAUGUUCAGCCUGCUGCAUAGUAGUUGUUAUUUUAAUGCCUCUUUGGAAAAAAAAAAAAAAAAGUCUGUCAACAAAUGAUAAUAACGGUGCCUGUACUCUUAAGGGAGAGGGGGUGUAUGAAUAUGACUGUUUGCCUAAUAGCUCAUGUGAAAAGUUUAAUAUCCUGCGCAUUUAUUCAUUAACUGUAUACUUGAAAUUCUAGCUUUGGGAUAUGUAAGGGAUUUAAGGGAGAAUGAUGUAAUAUUUUAAUGAGACAGCUCUCCAGUCUAUGUGUACGAUAUGAAGAGGAUAGUUUUUACUUUACAGGGGGAUAGUUGACGUUCCAUGUUCUCCAUGGUGGUGUUUAGGUACUGCAUUGUUAAAUCAGUUGAAUAGAUUCCAGCAUUUAUUCUUUUGCUAAAGAGUUUAAGGGCUGGCCCCUGGUCGUGCAUCACUAAAAACAGACUAUGUCAAGAGUUUUUUUCUGAUUUCAACGGACGGAAGUAAAUGGUUAUUAAGAAGUAGAGUAGCACAAGGUUAGCAAAAUCUUGCAGCAUGUUACUGAAAUGCACCAGUAUUCACUGUAAAAUGAAAUACAUACUGUAAAAUAUAAAUAAAGGGAAAACAUUUAUCCUCAAAACCUAGAAUGUUAGCGUUAUAGACAUAAAGCGUUAGGGUUCUGGUAUGUACACUGUGGGCUUAUAUAACUGCUGGUGUGGUAAUGUUUUACUAGUAAGUCUUUAAAGGGGAAUUUAAGCACAAUGACAUAAUGCACUAUAUCAUUGCAUUUACGGCUACAUCACAAAGCAGUGCAUGCGCUGUUGUGGUUUUACCUUUACAAAGUAUCUUAGCAAUUUUUGGUUAUUAUUUAUUUUUAUUUUUUUUUUAAAUAACAGUUUAUAUUAGCACUAGAUAAAUAAGCUACAAUAAGUGCAGGAAUUAAAAGGGAUAUGAAAAAUGUAUGAUGAUCAUACCAUUGGAUAAUUAAGUGAAACUGUCCACUGAUAUUUCCUGUUUUUUCCUGUAGCAGUUUCUAGACACAUCUGUUGUAAAGCUGUCUUGUUUUUUAAGGUCAAGUUCUGUUGCAAGCUCUGAAGCCGGGCUGGAGAGGAGCUUAUGUUUUCUCUGUCAAGCUUGAACUACUACUUCACCUUUUAAACAUUUCUCUCUUGGGAGUGACUUAGCACAAGAAUGUUACCACAGCUCUUCGAAAUAAUAAUAAUAAUAAUAAUAAUAAUAAUAAUAAUAAUAAUAAUAAUUGCUGUAAAAAUGUGUUGUCAUCAGGAGCCUGUAUUUAUUAAAGACACACUGUAUUGAAAGUG